AUGUCUGCUGAUGUCCAGGCGACGGAGACGGACGAGUCGGAGAGACGACGACCCGGAGAUGCUCCCGUCGAGUCCGCUGGCGCAACAGCAGCAAACGAUGAGCCCGAAGACGACGACGACGAGGAGGAACAGGAGGAGGAAGACGAAGAGCCCAAGCUGAAGUACGCGAAACUGACGGGGACCUUGGCCAAUGUAUACCGCAAUGGAGACUCCACAUCAGCUUUCACGGUACUUGGAGACAAGAUGGUGGUCGGCACACAUAGUGGAAGCAUACAUGUCAUGGCCGUGCCUACUCUGGAGAGCUUGAGGACGUAUCGCGCGCAUUCUGCCAGUGUCACAAGCGUUUCUAUAUCUCCAACUCCACCUUCUCCGGCUUUGGUCAGGAACGAGACGGGCAGCGCAAGCCUGAUAAAUCCACCUGCGAGUGCAAAGAACGUUCCCGCGCCCACGUCGAGAGCGAACCCCAACAGCCCCAGAACACCUCAACGAUCACAGCAGCCGCCUGUACCGAAUACUCCGAACAAUCACGUCUACAUUGCCACUUCUUCUCUAGAUGGUCACGUCUGCAUAUCCUCGCUCAUCAACGCAGAAGAUGUGCAGCUGCGGAACUUCGCAAGGCCAGUCAAUGCGGUGGCACUGUCUCCAGAAUACAAGAGCGACAGAACAUAUCUGUCUGGAGGACUGGCGGGGAAUUUGGUCCUCACAGUGGGAGGAAAGACGGGUGUGAGUACAGAUGCGAACACGAACAGCGCGGCGGCUGCAGCUUCAGGAUGGCUAAGUACUUUCGGAAUGGGUGGCAAUACUGGUAAGGAUCGAAAUCUGCAUUCUGGAGAAGGGGCCAUCAGCUCGAUCAAAUGGAGCUUGAGUGGGAAGUGGGUCGUUUGGGUAAACGAGGAAGGGAUCAAGAUCAUGAGAAGCCAUUUGAAGCUUGGAAGCGAAAACCAGGAAGAUGAAUGGAGAAGGAUUGCUCAUGCAGCGAGACCUAAUCGCAAAGGUUGGGAGGAGAUGGCCGGAGUCUGGAAAGGACGAUGCGAAUGGGUUGACGAGAGGAGACUGGAAAGUGACGAUCUCCUAACUGGUGGAGGCCGUUCUGCCAACGGUAUAAAUGGUAGCGAUCCUGUGAAGUCCCCUCCGAGUUCCAGAAAGGGGAAGAAAAGGAUCGAAAAGCUUUUGGUGGGCUGGGGCGAUACGGCUUGGGUUCUGCAUGUGCAAGAGGGCAGCUCCACGGCGCAAGGCCCAAAUGCGAAACGACAGGUCGGAAGUGCCGACAUAAUACACAAGCUGCAAUUUCGGGACUGUAUAAUUUCGGGCAUCAGCUUCUAUACGCCUUCACUUCUAGCGAUCUUGGCAUACAGGACGAGAGACGACGAUGAUCAGCCCAUUGUGACUUCUUCGACAGGUGGCGCGCAAGAUACGCCGUCUAGAAAAGGGCGUCAGCAUAGGCACACCAGUCUUGCGCCUCAGCUGCGAAUAGUCAACGUCGUCAGUGGUGAGGAAGUCGAGCUCGAUGAGCUGUCCCGAAUAUCGCGCUACGAGACCCUUUCUUCGCAGGACUAUCAUCUUAGCUCACUCUACAUGCCACCUCCACUCCCCGAGAAAGCGAGCGAAGAGCAAACCAGGGACAAGCUCAAGGGACUCUGGGAUGCUAGUGUGGCUGCAACUAUUUCCGGAGGCGGUUACGCAACACGAAUGUUCUCUUCCAGCGCAAGCGUUUUUAGUGGCAGCAGUGGUGGAAAGGAGACCAAUGGACGAACUCACUCCUUUCAGUCGCAAAGACAAGGCUCUACUUUGGAUGUAACUGCAACGCCAGAGGCAAAACGGAAACCCGUCGACGCACACCCAUAUGCCAUCGAGCCAGGUCUGAAGCUGUUCAUCCAAAGUCCAUACGACUGCGUCCUGGCCGUGAAGAGGGAGCUCUCGGAUCAUCUCGAAUGGCUACUUGAACAUCAACGGUACGGCGAUGCCUGGCAGCUGAUUGACGAUCAUCCGGAGGCUGUCGACACGUCGUCUGCGGACUUGCAAUCGUUUAGCUCACAUCCUAGCUCGCCGUCGAAAGAUCCGGGCGGCGGUACACUAGCAGAUUUCUUCGCCGAUGAAACAUCCUCGGACGCCACCGGACGAGCUGCGUUGCGGGCACACAACUCUGCGGCGCAGAGGGAGAAGCGGAGAAUAGGUGAUAUGUGGCUGCAACAGCUUGUGUCUGCGGACGAGUGGGCUGAGGCAGGCCGAGUCGCCGGUAAGGUACUAGGCACCAGCAGUCGAUGGGAGCAUUGGGUUUGGACGUUCGCUCAAGCAGACAAGUUUGACGAAAUCACGCCGUAUAUUCCUUCCACCGAGCUCAAGCCGCCGUUGCCGAGUCAAGUGUAUGAAGUCAUCUUGGGCCACUACAUCUGGAGAGAUAGGCAGCGGCUUAGCAAGCUGCUAGACGAAUGGGACCCCGAGCUUUUCGAUGUGAAGAGUGUCAUUAGUGCGAUUGAGGAGCGGCUGCAGAGUGGGGAAGUCCCUGAGAACGCUGUCGAAGAUGGCGUACGUGGGCGAGAUUGGCGCGUCUUGAUGGAAGCGUUAGCAAGACUCUAUCUUGCUGAUGGUCGCGUCAGAGAUUCGUUGCGAUGCUACAUCAGGCUGCAAGAUGCCGAGAAGGCCUUCAGUCUCGUCAGAGAAGAGAAACUACUUGACGUGGUGGCCGACGACGUCCCAGGUCUGCUUAUGCUGAGAGUCAGCAAGGAGCAGAUGCGCUCAGCAUCGUUGUCCGAGCUCGAAGAAGCUACUUCUGAAGCCGUGCAGCUGCUCGUGGAAGAGGCGUACCGCGGCACUGUGCCCACCAUCUCGGUCAUCAGGCAGCUCGCCUCGAAAGGCGACUCUUUUCAGCCUUUCUUAUUCUUCUAUCUACGGGCGCUGUGGAACUCUAACGAUCGUGGAGCGCAGACUUCUUUCGUCCUCCGGCACAGCAAAUUCGACAGACAGGACAGCAAUGAAGGGCAUGCCAUGGUAGAAGACCACGCGGAUCUCGCGGUCCAGCUGUUUGCCGAGUAUGAUCGGGACCUUCUAUUGACGUUUCUCAAGAGCAGUGAACUCUACAGCUACGACAAAGCAGCCGAGAUCUGUAAAGAACGACACUACAUCCCAGAACUUGUGCACGUCCUCUCAAAAACGGGCCAAACGGAGAAAGCUCUCUGGCUUAUCAUCGAUGAGCUAGGUGAUGUCAGUCAAGCCAUUGCUUUCACCAAGCAGUAUCCGGACCUCUGGGAGAAUCUCCUGGAGUACAGCAUGAACAAGCCUUCCUUCAUCCGUGGAUUGCUAGAAGAAGUUGGCGCCGCGGCUGCUUUCAAUCCCAUCGAUGUCGUGCGAAGGAUCCCUGAGGGUUUGCAAAUCGAAGGUCUUAAGCAGGGUGUUCAGCAUCUUGUCCGGGAAUUUGAAAUCCAGAUGUCCAUCUCGGGAGGCGUUGCGAAGGUUCUGAGGAGUGAGGUUGCCAUGGGUAUGGACACACUUCGUGCAGGCCGUAGGAAGGGUGUGCGUUUUGAAGUCGUCCAUGAAAAUUCGCGAGACGUCGACUUGGCUGUGCGAGAUCCUCCGACAAAGCUUGAGGGACAGGAAGAGUUGCCUAUGCCGUCAAAGCGGAGGCCAAGCAAGGUGGAGGCGAAGAAGGUGCAGCCGGGGCAUUGUGUGGGCUGUGAGGAAGUAUUCCAUGAACAAGGUAAGGUCUCAUCUGAACUCUCGGGAUCAUGGACGCGGCAAGCUAACACCUGUGCCAGAGAAAGAAACGCUCAUCGGCUUCGCCUGCGGUCACGUCUAUCACCUCUCCUGCCUCCUCAACGCCAACCCGGAAACCCAACUGGACAGCUCGAAGGAAGCGGAACAACUCGUCGAGCAAUUGACUGUCGACGACAACGACCCCGGCGCAGGAUAUAGCGGAAGGAGUGUCGGGGGAAAGGUAGCGCACGCCCAUAUGAUUCAGAACAUCAUCAAGGGUGGAUGUCAGCAUUGUGUGGUGCCGGAGGGCGCAUGA